AUGAAGUCAUCGCCGGUUUCUUUUCCUUUUCCUCGCGUCGCCGUUUCUUUUUCCUCCUUCCUUCAGCUUCUUCUCUUCUGUGCUUUGUCCGACGCUGUUCAUCUAUCUUCCCUUCGCCAUGUCUUCGACGCUACUGCUUUUAUCGUCCCGCGCGUCUUCUAUCUAUCUCUGUCCCUCCGCUGUGAUUUUUCAUCCAGACUUCCUCCGCAACAGUCGUUUCUCUUCGACCACGGUUCUCUAGUCGAUGAUGCUUCUAUUUCCAACGCUCCUUUGUGUCGUCAUAUAUACAGCAUUGACUACUAUGCUUCUCCAGCCUCGAUUGGUUGA